AUGCCAGAGAACAAGAAGUCGAUACGCUUUUGGGGCAUUUUCGUUGCGUUAUGUAUCUUGUCCUUUAUCUCCGCCCUUGAUGUCGCAAUUAUCAUGACGGCGUUACCUACAGUAACAGCAGAGAUAGGGGGCGCCGAAAAGUAUGUCUGGAUUGCCAAUUCAUUCGUCGUUGCCUCGUCGGUCCCACAGCCCCUGUUCGGACAGUUCGCAAACGUGUUCGGUCGCAGGCUGCCUUUCAUCGCAUCUACAGUCUUGUUCGCGCUCGGCAGCGGUGUUGCAGGAGGUGCUUCCAACGUAGGAAUGCUCAUCGCAGGUCGAACGAUACAAGGAGUGGGGGCAGGCGGCAUUUACGUUCUUCUCGAUAUCGUGUGCUGCGAUCUGGUGCCUCUGCGGGAGCGGGGGAAAUAUCUAGGAUUGAUGUUUAGCUGGUCCGGUCUAGCAGCAGGAAUGGGACCUGUUGUUGGAGGAGCAUUGGCCGAAGCAAAUUGGCGGUGGAUCUUCUAUUUGAAUAUUCCUAUAUGCAGCGUUGCGCUCGUCGCAAUACUGCUAUUCAUGCGACUGCAGAAGCAUACCGAGAAGCAGGAGAUUGAUGUUCUGGGCAACCUCAUAUUCAUACCGAGCGUUCUGGCGGUGUUACUGGGCCUGGUUAUGGGCGGUAUUGAAUAUCCCUGGUCUUCGUGGCGUGUCAUACUCCCUUUGGUACUGGGUGGCAUAGGCUGGAUCGCUUUCCACAUACAGCAGCACUUUGCAACCUACCCCAGUGUGCCGGAGCGACUCUUCAGCAAUCGAACCUCAGCAACCGCCUUUGCGCUGACGUUCCUGUCAUCAAUCCUCGUACAGGCGUCCGGUUACUUCUUGCCAGUAUUUUUCCAAGCCGUACUCGGAACAACAGUUGUGCGUUCUGGCGUCAACUUCCUUCCACUGGCGUUCGGAAUGCUCGUUUUUGCUGUCAUUGCAGGCGUGCUGAUGGAGAAGCUCAACCAGUACAAAAUGCUGCAUGCUGCAUCUUUUGCAACGGCCGCCAUUGGAUUUGGUCUGCUAACGCUCUUGGAUGAGAGCACAGUGAGGUGGGCAAUUUUCCAGCUCAUUGUCGGCGCCGGUCUAGGCAUGUCUCUAUCGACGCUACUCCCGGCUAUCAUGGCCGGUUUGCCUGAGACGGACGUCGCUUCCUCGACAGCAACAUACAGUUUCGUGCGGACAUUUGGUUACGUUUGGGGGGUUACCAUCGCUGCUACUAUAUUCAACCGCGUUUUCGACCAAAAUCUGGCACUGAUAUCGUCACCAACGUUACGAGAGCAGUUAUCUGGUGGGCAAGCGUAUGGCUUUGCGAGCCAGGCGCGCGUCGUGCGGGGAACUAUCGCACCUAACAUCUGGGUCGAGGUGAUCGAAGUAUAUCGGCGCAGUCUUCGCACGAUAUGGUGGCUGGGCAUGGGUAUUAGCAUCGUGUGUUUCUGCUUGGUUUGGGUUGAAAGAAGCAUUCCCCUGAGAAAGGAGCUAGACACUCAAUAUGGACUUGACGCUAAGACGCACGAUGAUCCACAAGAGGGCGAAAAAAGCAAUAACCUAACAGCAUAA